AUAUACAUCCACCGAGACCAGGUAUGUAUCAUUUCCCUUUAGUGUCGCAGAUAACUGUAUAAGGAAAGGUAUUACGGGUACGAGUUUACGGCCGAACGUAAAGUUUUACUUUGCACGAUCUUUUAUAAGGAUCGAGCUGCCUCGCGACUCCUCGCGUAUAUAUUUGCUAGUGAGAUUGCUUUUUAAGGCGUCACAGUUAGAAACAUCACAGUUGCAACGAGCCUGAGAUUCCAAAUAUUAAAAUAGAUCAAAGUGCGAACAUUUCUCGAACGAUGAAAAAUCAUAUAUGUACGAUACAGCUGAUUAGAACGUAGCCAAAAAGUUACUCUACUCCAGAACGUUAAUUUCUCGUCGCUUGUUCAAAUACAAUUCCAUAUCGUUGCUGCGAUUACGUAUUUAAAACCGAUCGUUAUCGAUCAACGUUAAAAAGAUCGGAAGCUACAAAUAUUUGUAAAUGAUUAACUUAUUAUAGAUAUUAUAAAUAUCGUGUAAGUUUUACGUAACCAAAUUACAUUACCUUUAAUUAAGGUAAGUUAAAACCUUGUGUAAGAUAUAUGUGGCGCAAAUUUAGCAUGGAAUCUCUAGAUAAGUACUUAUGUAACGCGUCUAACGUAUCCAGGAAAAUAUCAAUAGAAAUCAGAGGAACGCUCUUAUGCUAACGGUACCAGUCAACCAGUACGUUACGCGCAUAGAAACGUGAAAGAAGAAAAAACAAAUUACGCCUAAUCCACUUCUCUACUGGUAGUCGUCUUGACAGACCCCACGCAACGUUAAUAAAACCAUCGAUUUCAACUGGAAAUCAAACCGCUUGGUGAAGCACAUCGAACCUCGCAUCGGCGAUCGGUACCAGCACACGAAGUAAUCCGGAUCGAUUCCGCUACGGUGAUUCGCUAGUAACGAAUAUCAUCGUCUUGCUCGUACCCUGUCAAACUAUUGAUACUCGUACACGGAGACGCAUACACGCAGCAACUCCACUUACUACGGCCGAUUACGUUUCUAGAGAAACUAUUAAGGGGCGGUUCGCUUCUGUCGGAGCGCAACAGUUCAGCUUCGAUACAAUAGAGGACCCCUAUUGAAUAAGCCCAGAUCCUUCGUAGGUUGGCCGUGGUAUAGCGUUCGUGGUAUAGCGUCCGUGAGCCUAUGGUAUAGCCAUGUAUUCUGUUAACCUGCACUUCCACCGAGAGGACUUAGAGCGAAGUUCGCAAAGCGCUGCUGGUAGUACGGCCACUGACAGUGCUGCGUGUAGUAGAGGCGGUACGACGAAUCGUACGAUACAACCAGUUGCGAGCGUGUUAGUGUCAGUGGGCCUCUUACGCUGGGCCUCAGUCACGCCGGGCGUCAGUGACUUCGCGUCCGCCGGUUCGAUCGGUUCUUCUUCUUCCGAGGCUUGGGCAACGUCGCCUCGUCCCACCGUGAAAAGCGUCCAACGAAUUUCGCGCUCGCGACGUCCUCCAUGAUUCUUCUUUCGUCCUUAGGAUGCGAGAAACUUUUUCAAAAAGAAAUAAAAUCGGAGAAAAGCAGAGUGAAUCUUUGCCGAUCGUUGUGAAUCGAACGGAGAAGGAAAGUUUGCACGUGCUCCUUGAAACGUUCUGCUCCAAGUAUUCGAUGGAGAUUUGAAUUUUGAGACUUUAUCAAGCUGCUUUCUUGCCAUCUUCCUUCGACGAUAGAUUCUCCUAAAGGCUACCAGGAUGCGGUAGUUCAGCCUCGGUGAUAGAGGAAUCCGAGGGUGAGGAUCGCGGAGGCUGCGAGGCGAUAAAACUAAAAUACAUGUUCCGAGGCACGUGAGAAGUUCCAUUAAAUCGUAAACGCGACGGGAAUCGAGCCACAGGAGAUGCGAUUGCUCCAACGCAGCCGGAAAGAGUGGACAGCGGUUGACACGUCGGUCGAUCGAUCGGUUGAUUUGUAUCAACGUUUCGCGAUUAGUAAAUGGAAUUUUCGAAGCGAAGGAAUGCCAAUUCUGCAGAGCGAAUGGCGUUUCCUGUGAUCAGUGAGCUUUCAAGGAAAUCGUGAAAUCGAUCCACGAUCGAUCGAACGAAUCAUCAGCUGUUUGGAAGAAUGACGCAACGUUUUUUCCUAGCGAUUGUCGUCGUCGUUGAAAAGGAAGGGAUCGUCAACCUUGGUGAGCAGUGCGAUGUCGAAGAUGGGUCAUUCGCGAAGGACACGAAGGCAUUCGAGAAGAGAAUUUACACGGUGCUGAGUCAAAGGAUCGGUAACGCGAAGGAUUAAACGAAUUAUCCCCGGGUUUUGCAACAACGACCAUCGAACCGUGAUCGUUAAUCUCACUGCGUGCUGUUGCUUGCGGUAACAGUUAGUGUCCAGUGAAUGAAUUCUCGGUCGCGCUCGAUGACUGCAACGAUCGGCUUUCAGCUUGAUCGAGAUCGAUUCUGAAAUCUUGCCCCGCCCGUUCACGAUCCGUCGUCUAUCUAUCGUCGAUCGUGGAAAUAAUUAUCCGCUAGCUUCUCCGCAACGUUGAAGUGGAAAGUGACAGUGACGUCCAGAUCCAAGUGACAUAACCGAGGAAAGUGCCUGCUGAACCUGUUGCCGAUCGACAGCCAGUUUCCGUCGACGUUCUGGUACCGACCAGAUGACGCGGGGAUAAAAAUGCUGCGAAAAGUUAACGCGGGAUUCGUUCUUUCACGACUACGAUUCGAUGACGUGCCGCUCUGGAAAGUUCUAAAGAAACGUCUCAAAGACUUUCUUCGUUACCGAUACGCGAAUCUCUCGUGAAAUUCCUAACUCUGUCCAUGUUGUAACGAUGCAGAAUCGUGUCACCGAUUGGCGAAGAACGAACGGAACGUAGUGUCUGCGAUCGAGUUAAACGAGAUCAGUGAAAAAAUAAUAUAUAGUGCGGAACAAUGUCGUCGAACGGUGAGUUUUCCACGAUGUCCAGCGAGGAGGUACCUUCGCUGCCAAAGUCCCUGCCUAGUUCGAGGGAAGCGACGGCCGAGGGUAGUUCCGGUUCGAGCGGCGGCUACAUGCCCCUUCGAGAGUUCCUUGAUCGAUUCUCGUUACCGAGAGUGGUCAGGCUCGAAGGUACCGGCGGCAGGCCAGUGUUGCUGUACAAACAGCAACAGAGAUCGCUUCGGGUUAGUGCAACCCUAUUGAUCCAUCGUUAUCGGCACGACGUUAAAGUAGGACCGGAAAUAGUCAUUCCAGAGGGAUACCCGGGAUGGUUUUCUGUGAUAUCUGGCAACAAUACAACGGGUAGUGCAAGAGUCUACAGAAGAGUCGAUUCCUUAGUACGAGCAGGGGUACCAGCGUUUCUUUUGGCUGCACCUUUAAGGGCAUAUAUUCUGACCCACUCGAAAAUGGAAAAUGGCAAUUUAAGAGCUCAUUACACAAAAACCACGAUCAGAGCUGGGGAAAUUCUACGAUUAAUAGCUGUUUUUCAAGACACAAGGAAAUGUAGUACGGUUUCCUUCGGAAUUUCCGGCAGCUCUUCCGAAAAGGAUCAGUACGCUCAGUGUUUGGAUCCACACGGUCGGGAAGUAUUUGCUCCCUUAUCAGCAAGAGGCGAAUUUUAUGCUAUAUGUCAGAAUGGAAGUAUCGAUACCGGAAGCGAUGCAGUAUUAUACAAAGUGCAUCACCUUGCGAGAAGACCAUUGCCUCUCAGGGUCCGUUUGAUAGCCGGUCCACUACCUGUACCAUUGCCAAGGGAAUAUGGUGGUUUAAUGCAACUGGAAAGUUCGACUCGAGGGCCAAUUGUUUUAGGAUGCAUCGUACCGGAAAGACCAGUUCACAAUCCUGAAAUGCUUGAAUUAGUUGUAACCGGAAAUGGAGCGCCAAGAGUAAGAAGAGCUCGACUAGGUUAUCCGUCAGAAGCUAGACUUUUGGCAUCGCCGAAAAUGCAACGAUUAUUAUCUGCCUGCAGCCGGGCUGUCGGAGAUCGUGCAACGGAACCAAGAGUGGCACCUCUGAAACUGCAUCCAGUCGGUGAAAAUCUUAAGGAGAUGCAUUUGAAGAAAAUCAAGCCGAAACCGGAAACGAAGCCAAUUCUACAAAGCUUGAAAGAUGGACUGGAACAGUUAAAGAAGAGCACCGUUAGGGAGAAAAGUCAAACUAGACAAAAUUGUCGAAAUGGAUUUCUAGAUCGAAUUUCAAAAUUCGCCCAAGGUGGUCGUAGCAGAAAUCCUGCAAAAAAAUCGGCUUCGUUUACGUUUGCAGUGAAACCAGAAAUUGCGAUGAGGUGUCAAGAGCGUUACUCCAGUUUGGAGCCAGAAACUACCUCCCAUCCGAGUCAUUCGAACUCUUCCAAGCAACCUGUACAAAGAUCAGCGUCCACCAGUGUUUUAGAAAUGCCGGCAAAUGUUGAAUUACAGCCCAAUUAUUCUCGUGUUAGAGAUAGUCUUACACCAGUGCCAUCCCUUCCCAAGUUAACCAGGACCAAAGCUGAUGACAUUUAUGCAGAAAUUUGCGAGAAUGCGGCUGCGCAGGUCGAAAAGUGUCCCGGAAGUCAUGUGAUGGCUAGGAUCAAAAUUAUUGUUAAAGGUCGUGAUUCGUCCACAGCUCUGCCAAACAAGAUUGGCGAUGACAGUAGAUACGCAAACUCUAUGGUAACGAACAAUCAAAUUGAUUCGAUUAUCAGCACGGAAGACGAAGUUAUUUACAACACGAUAUUCUGAAAAUGAAGAAUUUUACUGUUAUAAGCUAACCGGCUGUGUUUGAUGAUCGAGAACCCGUUGAUUAUUUUAAUCAACGUACCAUUAGAAAUUGAAACUGUAUCAUAUUAUACAAAAAGCACUACGAAAUAAUAUGUAAUAUUCAAGAAAUCGUAAUAAUUGCAGGUACAUAUGUUUGCCAUACGUACUAACACUAGUAACGAAAACGAAUAAAAUUUUAAGAAUAAAAAGCUCAUUUUUUUCUAAGAAGAAAAGAAAUUAAUCGGAACGAUGUAAUAUGUACAAAAAAAUACCUGACCAAUUUUUCUUAAAAUUUGUUUUACUGCAAGAAAGAUAAGAUGUACAAAAUAAAACA